AUUGAGACGUGUAGUGAAGAGACUAAAUAUACACCAGGGUGGUGUUGAGAUAACGUAUCACAUUCAGCACUGAGCUACAAUUCGUUCUUUGAAAGCAUCUCUAUAGCAUAUACCACACGUAGGUCUAACUCUUCAUAUAUAACCAUGAUGGCCACUCGCUCACCGAAAAAGUCUACCACUACAACAGCCACCAUCCACAACACUGUGUUAAACACGCCUAAGGUCAAGAUACCAGAGAACAACGCCACCAAUGUCUUACAUCGGGCCAGUUUUUCAAUGUCUCCGGUGGAGCAGAAGAAGCUCAAACCAGCAACCCCUCCUGAAAUCUUGGCAAUGAGGGAUACAAUCGCCGAAAAUGAAUCAAAAACUUUCAAGAUCCUUGCUCACUGCACAUGGACAGCUAUCUCCUUCACCACCACUCACACUAGAAGUCGCGAUUAUCGGAUAUUCUCCAUCGAGACCCCCAGUUGUCCGCCAACUGCGGAGGCAGAAUGCAGUCAUAGAAGGAGUGAUUACCCCAAGGGGAACAAGCAGACCUCCAUCUCCAUCAUCCUCCUCGGGUCAGAUGGAAGUAGACGUACCUGAAAAGGUCCUUAGAAGUCUCCAGAAACUUAGCAGAAAGCGAGGAGAUGGAGGUGGCUGCGGAGGAGGAGGAGGAAGAGAAGGACGACAGACUAGACACAGAUGUCAGAUUGCAGGAGACGGUGACGAUGGAGGCGAAAGACGACAUACAUUUUCCUGUAGCACCUGUCCUACACUGUAAUAGCCGUCAAGGCACUUUCGGGUCUUAUAAACGAGGCGGUGCAUCAGUCGUGCACAGGAUGCAGACUCAACUAUCCUAGCCAGAAAGACCAUGAGGACUGUAUGUGGUUAGAGUGGUCAGACACGACAGACAAGUAUUUCGAUGAGGCCAUCACCAAGCUCACCGAGGAACGAUACUUUUGCAUCGUUAAAUUGGUUUACAUCGUAAUCGUGAAUAAAAUGUUUGAGGAGGAGUUGGACGCUUGCGUGCAUGGAAGGAGCCACACAUUUGUUCACAACGAACUGAAAAAGAAGGACGUUUUGUCAAUCAUCAUGAGCAAACUAAAGGAGCUUUAACCGGAAAUUUUAAAAAGUGGAUUUCGUUUACCCUUUUGAAGUAAUGUAUCCACGUUGUUUGUUUUUUAAACAAAAAUUCUUUAUAAUGUAUAGG